AUGAACCUUCUUACCCUAUAUUUCUUCUGGCUCAUACCCUUGACAGUGCAUGCUUUGUCGAAAACCCAUGAGUUUCACUUCAAUGCUUCCCUCAUCAAGAAGAACCCCGAUGGUGUCCGUGAGAGAGACGUUAUAGCCAUAAACGGCCAGUGGCCUCUUCCCAUUAUACGAGUCACCCGCCACGAUCGUGUGAUUAUUCAUCUCACUAACGAGAUGCCCGACAGAAACACCUCGUUGCACUUCCAUGGCUUGUUCAUGAACGGCACCAAUGCCAUGGACGGACCAGAACACGUUACUCAGUGUCCAAUCCCACCUGGCCACACUUUCACUUACAACUUCACUGUGGACGAUCAAGCAGGCACGUAUUGGUACCACUCGCACUCUGGCUCACAGUAUAGUGAUGGGCUUCGAGGAAUGUUCAUCAUUGAAGAGGAAAGCCGUGACUUGUACCCAUUUACGUUUGAUGAGGAAGUGCCGCUCACGGUAUGUGACUGGUAUCAUGCACAAAGUAGCGACAUCAUGAGCCAGUUCUUGUCGAGGUAUAAUCCUACAGGUGCUGAGCCCAUUCCUCAGAACUCUCUCUUCAACGAUACAAGAAAUGUGACCUGGAAUGUCGAGCCAGAUAAGACUUAUUUCUUGAGAAUUGUCAACAUGGGAAUGUUUGUCAGCCAGUACUUAUACAUCGAAAACCAUACAUUCACCAUUGUCGAAGUUGAUGGUGUUUACGUUGAGCCUGUGGAGACUGAGUCACUCUAUAUCACUGUUGCUCAGAGAUACGGAGUUCUCUUGAAAACGAAAAAAGAUGUCGGUAAUGAGGUAUUCCGCUUUGUCAAUGUGUUGGACGAGCCAAUGCUUGACUUGAUUCCAGAUGACCUCCAGAUUAUCUCUACCAACUACUUGCAAUACGGCCGUGGCAGGCCGGACAAGCCUGCCCCUUUGGCUAACGGAAAGGGUAAAUUUGAUAAGCUUGUUCAAUUUCUUGACCCUUAUGAUGACAUUAAGUUGGUGCCUGCGCUGAAGAGGCCACUCUAUGAAGAUUUUGAUGUGCAGAUCGUGCUUAACUUCACCAUGGACAACCUUGGCGAUGGUGUGAACUACGCGUUCUUCAACGAUAUCACCUACACUGCACCAAAGGUCCCAACGUUGUUUUCAGUGCUUUCAGCUGGGAAGUUCGCUAACAACGCAGCCAUCUACGGUUCAAAUACCAACACCCAUGUCUUGCAGCCUGGAGAGGUUGUGGAGAUAGUCUUGAAUAACAUGGACUCUGGUAAGCACCCAUUCCAUUUGCACGGCCAUGUUUUCCAAACGGUAUUUCGUUCUGAGGGAACAGAUGAUGAUGACAAUCCAGAAGUCUAUGACCCCUCGAACAGUGACUACGAGAUCUUCCCUAAGAUGCCAAUGCAGAGAGACACUGUGUUGGUGAAUCCUAAUGGUUUCAUCAGGAUCCGGUUCAAGGCUGACAAUCCUGGUGUGUGGUUUUUCCACUGUCACGUCGAUUGGCACUUGGAGCAAGGUUUGGCCAUUGUUUUGGUUGAAGACCCUGCACUGAUUCAAAAGAAACAAGCUGAGUUGCCAGUAUCUCAUCUUGAAGCAUGUGAGAAGUUGAAUAUUCCAACAAAGGGUAACGCUGCUGCCAGAUUUGGGGACACUGAAGAGUCCUGGCUCGAUCUUACAGGCGAAAACCUCCAGGUGAAGCCCUUGCCUCCAGGAUUCACUCCAAAGGGUUAUGUAGCCAUUGUUGCUUGUGCAUUGGCUGCUGUCUAUGGUAUAUACACUAUCUACAUCUAUGGUAUGGAGGAUGUGAACACAGAAAACGCAGAGCAUAUGGUUCAGAAAUUAUACCAACUUCUUGGGGAAAGUGGUGACGGGGAAUCUGAAGAACGGGUAAGGCUCAACAGUGCCACACCAUUGAAUGAAAAUGAGUAA